AUGUCUCUCUCGCUCUCCCCUGGCCCCGAGGCCGUGCUGCCCUCCGACAGCAUGUUCGCCAUCCAGGUCGGCCCAGAGCUCUUCCGCGUCAGCGGCUUCUCGCUCAACUCCGACGCCCCCAGCUACUUCACCGCCCACUUCUCCCGCAACCCGUCCGCCACGCUCGUCCUCGACCGCUCCCCGCGCGUCUUCCACCUCAUCCUCCAGCACCUCCAGGGCUACGCGGUCAGCGUCGACGACGAGAUCCAGUUCACGACCCUGUUCUGCGACGCCGUCUACUUCCGCCUGCCGCGCCUGCUGACCCUGCUGAGCACCUCCGACUACCACUACACCUGCGUGGGCGGCGUCCACUUCAAGCUGCCCAAGCACCUGGUCUCCGAGCCCGGCAACUCGCCCAACUUCUUCGACGUCACCAGCGGCAGCGUCUUCCUCGACGUCGAGCGCGUCUUCCGCUCCAACAACCUCUCCCGGCCCCCGCCGCUGUCGCCGCCCUUCCUCAGCCGCUCUCCCGAGUACUUCGCCAAGCUCAUCGCGCUGCUGCAAGGCGCCGCGCUCGACCUCGAGCCCUGCACUCGCCGCUCGCUCAUCUUGGAGUGCCGCUACUACCGCUUCUUGCGCCUCGAGCAGCAGCUCGUCCCCUGCCGGCUCUCCUGGAACCCGUUUUCCCGCGCCCCGGAGAUCCUGCUCGAUCUCGGCGACGUCAAACCCAACGGUAUCUCUCUGCCUGACCCCCCAGCAGCCGAAGCCGUCAGCCCAGGGGAGCCGACUGCAAAAAGGCCGCGCCGCACCGCGCUCACAACGGUGCAAUACAGAAGGCCUUUUAUCGACGCCGAGUCGCCCCCACGAGACUUGACGCUCCAGGUCGGCUUCCCGCACGAAGCUGCGAUUUUCCGUGCCGACAACGCUAAUGGUUUCUACGUUGCGCUGUACGCCCGGCUGCUCGACAAAUUCUGUUUCGUGUUCCACAAGUUUCUGUCGCAGCAUGGCAUAGAUUUACAAAGCUUCAUCCGCCGCACCUCGGAUAGUUGUGCCCUCGUGCUCCCAGCUAUACUCUCGAGCUGCCAUGUCGAGGUCAACAAACGGACCUACGAGGACCUCGCCUCACUUCUAGAUACGCCUCGUGCUGCAGAGCAGGACCCUGAACACAGCACUUAUUUUCCGUCCUUAGGACGAGGACGAUCAAUCCACCUGACAAGAUCUAUAUGGCAGCCUGCCCUACAAGGCAGUACCCUGGUCAUGGUGGCCUCCAAGAUCGAAGCUGUCUCUAGCAUCAAGUACUUCAACGUAGAGCUCGAGUUUCUGUAG